AAAUGACAUAAGCCACACAAAAUCCAAUCCCCCACCACCCCUAAAAUUUAAUUGCAUCACCAAAUGACAAGAAAAAAAAGUCGAAAUGGGUGACUCAGUUAUUACAACUUUAACGCCAACGAAAUCAAACCUUGAUUCUCUGAAUACGACCAAAAUGGCUGUUUUCUGAUAACGAUCCCUGCAAAUGUUUUCUAGAAUAUCAAAAUAUUAUUAUCUUUCCUCUUAUACCACAAUAUCCCAUGAAUAAAUUCAGGGGUUCUUCAAUCACCAAAUUCAAUUUGGGUUUUUGCUUUCAAUUGGGUAAAUUAUGAAUUUUGAGUUUCUGGUUUUGUUUCAUGUUUGUUUUAAAAGAAUAAGUCAGAUUGAAGCGCACCCAUGUUAAUGCCUACCAAGUGUUCGACGAAAUUCCAGAGGCUUAAAAAAAUUGAAUUCAGGAGUUUACGCUGAACAAAAAAAAUGGCAACGCCAGUUGAACCACCGAGUGGUAGUAGAUCAGAAGGGAAGCAUUACUAUUCAGUAUGGCAAUCAUUGUUCGAGCUCGAUACAAAAUACGUGCCUAUAAAACCGAUCGGUAGAGGUGCAUACGGAAUCGUGUGUUCUUCUCUUAACCGCGAAACCAAUGAAAAAGUCGCGAUAAAAAAGAUACACAAUACCUUUGACAAUCGUACAGACGCCCUCAGAACGUUACGCGAACUGAAACUGCUUCGCCAUCUUCAGCACGAAAAUGUUAUCGCGUUAAAAGAUGUAAUGGUGCCAAUGCAGAGGGCAAGUUUCAAAGAUGUGUAUCUAGUUUAUGAUCUUAUGGAUACCGAUCUUCAUCAGAUUAUAAAGUCGAGUCAGUCACUUUCAAACGACCAUUGUCAGUAUUUCCUCUUUCAGUUAUUGCGAGGUCUAAAGUAUCUUCACUCGGCUAACAUUCUGCACCGCGACCUAAAGCCCGGUAACCUCCUUAUAAACGCAAAUUGUGACCUAAAGAUUUGCGAUUUCGGUCUAGCCCGUACAAAUAACGGUAAAGACCAAUUUAUGACAGAAUAUGUCGUGACCCGCUGGUACAGGGCCCCCGAGCUGCUUCUCUGCUGCGAAAACUACGGUACCUCAAUCGACGUGUGGUCAGUCGGGUGCAUAUUUGCCGAACUUUUAGGAAGAAAACCGAUAUUUCCCGGUACAGAAUGUUUAAACCAGUUGAAACUUAUAAUCAACAUUCUUGGUAGCCAAACAGAAGACGCGAUCGAGUUUAUUGAUAAUCAAAAAGCGCGUAACUAUAUAAAGUCGUUACCCUUUACAUCCGGGACUUCAUUUUCCGACGUGUACCCUCAAGCGCAACCAUCCGCGAUUGACUUGCUGGAAAAGAUGCUGGUUUUUGAUCCUGCGAAGAGAAUUAGUGUGGAUGAAGCGCUUCAUCAUCCUUAUAUGUCUUCAUUGUAUAGUUCGGAUAUGGAUUCGCCUGUUGAAGUUCCGGUUGAUUUGGAGAUUGAUGAAGAGUUAGGGGAAGAUGUUAUUAGGCAGAUGAUUUGGGAAGAGAUGCUUCAUUAUCAUCCUGAAGUCGUUGUUGGUAAUCCGCAGGCGAACUAGUGAUUUAUUGCGCGUUUUCUGUUUUGAUUUCGGGUUUUUAUCAUGGUUUGCUGUCUAAUAAACAUGUGAUAUAAAAGUUGAACCUUGUUUGUAUAGCCGUAUAGGAGUAUCUCAAGUUAAACAAUAGUGUUUGUAUAACAUGUUUCUGCGACAGUAUUUUACAGCGUAUUCAAUCGCAAUUGUUGCGACCA